UUGAUCGGAGAAAAGCUCAAAUGGACAUCACUGUCGACUGGUCCAAUCUUCCCCUCGAACUCUGGCCACUCAUCGGAGAAAAACUCAAACUCCGCAUCGAGUUUCUCCGCUUCCGCAGCGUCUGCAAUCCAUGGCGUUCAUAUUUACCUCCCUUCCACCCUUCAACUCCUCCACCAAAGUUCCCUCUCCCUUCCUCCUCCGAUGGACCCACCUCCUUCCUCUCCCAAAACACCGUCUUCCUCCUCCGACCCCCCGCCACGUCAUCACCGCCUUCCUCCGGUGGUUGGCUGGUCAAGGUCGAAGAGUGCGACAGAAUGCUUCUAAGGAAUCCCAUCACCUCCCGGCGCAUCAGGUCGGAGUGUUUCAAUUUGUUGGAGUUUGAUAUGAUCGAGUUGGGGAAGUCGUACUUUCUUAGGUACAUACAUGGCUCUGGUUCGGCUUGUGGGUUGAAGAAAGUGAUUGUGAUGCCUUCUGAGAUUGGUGAAUGUGCGGUUCUGGUUAUAUCCGACAAAGGAAACUUUGGUUAUGCUAGAAGUGGAGAUCAGAAGCUCAGAUGGUUUGGUCAUGAAGGUUCUGUUAUUGAUGAUGUUGGUUUUUAUAAGGGUCAGUCAUAUGUGGUGGAUAGCUUGGGUUGUGUGUUUAGGAUUACUAUGUCUUCACAUGAGAUGGUGAAGAUUUCGUCCAAGGUGGUUGGAUUAGGUGGGAGGAAGCAUUUGGUGGAGAGUUGUGGAGAGCUUUAUGUGGUGGAUAGAUAUUAUGAUCAAGAACAAAGUAAGCAAGAAGGGAAUGGUGUUGAGUUAGAUUUUAGGAUCUUUGGUCGUCGUCGUGGGAGAUACCGAAGAUUUCGGAGUGGUGAACUCAAGGUAGUUGAUUUUAAGGUUUACAAGCUGGAAUGGGGUGAUGGGGAGUUGAGCAGAUGGGUUGAAGUGAACAGCUUGGAUGAUCAAGUGUUCUUCUUGGCUAAUGACUGCUCUUUCGCUGUUUCGGCGCAAGAGUUAGCUGGGUACAAAGGGAAUUGCAUUUACUUUACUGAUGAAAAUGAUGUUAAUCUUGCUCUUAGAGAAGUAACUAGACCGGAGAGCUUUGUGUUCGACUUGGAGGACCGUAGCAUUCAGAAGCUGGAAUCUUCCCAGAUAUUUUGGCCACCUCCAAUUGAGUUUGGCUGCACAUCGUCUUCUCUGGAUUGAUCCACUCUCUUACAUGAUUUCAUUCAAAUUGCAGAGGCAGCAAAUGCAGUCUUGCUGAUCGAGCAUGCCAUUGGUCAUAUAUAUAGUUGUCGAGGUUAUUCUUCGGGUUCACUUUCAAUUAUGUAUUCACAUACUUCAUAGCAAUUAUUAGCUUGAGCUUUUAAAAGAGGUCUGGUUGAACUGUUGCACUGAGGAACUGAGGAACUGUUUGACUCUUCUAGAUAAUAGUGGAAGACACUCGAUGCGUCAUUUGGGUUCUAUCACCUUGUGACAAUAAAAGGAGCAUAUUCAAAACCUUCAAUCUGCAGUGUGUAGGAGGACAGGAGAUUCAAGCAUCGAAAGUACUGUUCAUACUUAAUUCUCUAGAGAAGAAGGCCAAGAAGCAUCUGCACCAUCUACAAGGUGUUGCUCUAAAUGUUAAGAGAAUCAAGUACUACAAGAGAUUCUAUCUUUCAGUCUCUGUGUUUUCUUCCAUGUGGUGAUAAAACGAAAAUGUUAUCAGAUGGUCACUGACGGUACCCACAGUGAUCGCUUCGAGAUAUGCAGCACCAGAAAAAGACACUCAGAUGCCAAGAACCAUUUUAUACAAAAUGUUAUAUACAGUACUCUCACAUGUUUUACAUAAAUGUAUUCAAAAUUCCACUUUGAAAGAAUAAAAGAGUUUGGUGCAAUAUC